GGCUCAAUGGCGCAGUGAGGGAUCCGUGUUAUCAACAAAAGACAAUUCAUUUGACAUGUUCUAAAAUAAUCCCUACGAACGAGAGGGUUUGCCGAGUGGUUGUUAAAAGCAGGAGUUCUCGUAUUGUGUUUUUGACAAAUCAUGAUGUGUUUCCACUUCUUCUCGAACUCUUGCUAACUGUGAGCACAUGCUAGUACCCACAUUGACCCACGCUGGAAGCUGGGGCGCAGCAGCCGCACUGGAGCUACUGAACCGACGAUCAUUUCCGACAGAUCCGUAUGGAUUUGACGUCGACAUACGUUGGUGCUUGAUGUUUUUUCACGGGGCCGUUUAAAGGAUAUCUGGAGGAUGGGGGGACCUUGUGAUCUAAAAAAGUACACAGAGUGUGGCGUAACUUGGGAGAGCUCAUUUCUCUGAUUUGGAUUAUUCUUGGCCAGGAGACUCUUCAGGCUUGCUUUUCCUUGACGAGUUUCUCAAUGGACAUUGUGGCCAAGUCAGAGAUCAGAGAGGAAGGGAGUGGUGCUUCGGUGAGUUAACUUGAUAAAGCUAGUGAGUGUUAAAGUGGAGGGUCUGUCCAAGUCGGCUUUAAUUAAGAGUUUGUCUCCCAGAGUCAUUCUGUCCAACCACCUUUUGCCAAAAGGGACCAAGAUGAGGGUAAAUUUAGAAGACCAGGGUCGCCAGAAAGUGUCCUUCAGCUUCGCACAGACAAAGAAGCCUUUGCAAAGUCCGCUCUUCAUCCCUGCCAGUAAUGAUACGCCUGUCACCGAACCUCAAGGUGCCUUGUCGCAGUCGAGCUCAGACAGAGCAGGGAAAAGUACAGAUGGCAAAGCUGAGCAAAAGCAGACACUGUUGGUGGCAACAUCUGUAACAGAGAUACCUUCUCCAACAUCGGUCUCCAGCUCCACCAGACUCAAAACAAACGUGGCAAAGAUGCACUUCAAGAAACAAAUUCUUAACGUGUCAACUGUAGAGAAACCUGCGUCUGUUUCAUCAGAAGAGCUGCACACAUCAGAAUCGCAGAAGUUGACAAGCAAAAGUGAAGGUGGCUUUCCAAUGCCGCAGCCUCAGAAGUCUGGUAGUCUAUCAGAAAAUGCUCAAACAGAACUUUUGGGGACAAAAGAAAGCCCAAUCUCGAGGAAACCAGCGGCUUCUCAAGCAAAAGACAGUGACAGUUCCAGCAGUACUGAUCGGGAUAAUGUUUACAAAAGGGUAACCAGGUCACAAUUGGAUAGUGCUCCCCAUGCCUCAGAAACUGAUGGAGAGUCAGCUCAUGUGUCUUCCAGGCGUCAAUCUGCGGAUUCAAAAAGCAAAACUAACUCCGACAGCAGAGACAAAGUUAAAAAGUCUUCCUCUAGUUCACAUGUUGGGGAAAGAGAAAAAAGUUCCUCUAAACGAUCGGAGAAUCAUGAAAGGUCAUCUAGCUACUCUAAGUCGGACCGUGACUCUAGAAAUACAUCUUCACGCUCAUCACGAUUAGAAAAAGAUCGAAGAAGGUCCAGGUCUAGAUCCGGAUCUAGAUCAAGAGGGGCUCGGACAAGUUCAUCCUAUGCCAGAUCGGAGAGAUAUAGAAGCGACAGAGGAUCUCGCUCUGAAAGGUCGUACUAUCAUGAAUCUGAUCGGCGAUCACACAGGAGUUCUCCCCGCAGAGAAAGAAGACUUUCUCACUCCCGUCCAGACAGAACACGAGAGAGUUCUCAUUCUGAUGAGGACCACAAACGAACGAGAACAACAGACUCAACUAGGUCAUCCCACCAUUUAAACUCCUACAAAGAAUCCAAAUCAUCCUCUUCCAAGUCUGAUAAAUCCUCUAAAUCGGUGGAUUCUUCUCAGUCCUCUGAAUUUGACAAAAGAUCACAAUCAUCAAAGUCUGAAAGGACUUCAAAAAGAUCAGACUCUGAUUCUCAACACAAGUACUCUCCAGUUUCGGAUUUGUCAUACCGAAAAUCUAGCAGUCAUCACAAGUCAGAGACCAAUGAUAAUACAUCUUGUAGCGUUCAUACACAGUCUAAAACACAUGAAAAACACCAUAAAAGCAGCUCCAGUGACUCUGAGGGAAAACUACACCCCACUGACAAAAGUACCACCUCUUCAGAUAAAUGUAAAGAACUUGAAAAGGAGAGCAAAAGGCCAGAGUCAAAAGAGACAGACCCCUAUAGAUCUCCCAUGAAAUCCCCUAAACAUGACUGCCAACCAAAUGGCAUCAAUGCUCUGUCAUCUGCAACCAUCUCAGAAACUUUCCCUCAAAGUGAAAAGGCGCAAUCCAAUCUUCAACCAGAAAGAAACAGGCAUAGUCAUCAGGAUGCUAAAAAAAUAGCUGCAUCCACUGACAAAGUCUUUCAAGAAUCCCUGUCAAGGGAGGAUCAAGAAGAAAAAUCUGAACUUGAAAUAGCUAUAACGGCGCGUGAAAGCCUGAACCCUGAAAACAUCACUUUAGACAAUUUGUACACUGUGAAGGAAUGCUUCUCCUCCAACGACCAACCACAUCCUGAUCACGAUGCAGCUGGACUUCAUUUAUGCAAGAGUGGGGAGAGUAUCAUUUGCAAACAAGGUGAAAAUGUUUCAGAUCUCCAUCCAAAGUCCUCUUCUGAUGAACCUGCCACACAGAAUGUUAUACAAAACACUAAAUUGGAGAUUGAUAAACCGAAUGAAGUGUUGGCACUUGAGAACCAAGCAUCUAAAAGCGAGACACUUGAACCCGAUCCAUCGUGUCUUACAAAUGAAGGUCAGCAGGUGAAGGCACAGUCAAAUGUUGAUGCUGCAAAAAAGAGUAGUUGCUCCAGCAGAAAGUCUAGGUGGGAUAUUGUUGGGCAGGACAUUUUUGAGAGUGAUGUCUUGCAAAAAGCAGGUUAUCCAGAGAGUAGUCCUGCUGUCAAAACAACCAGAUUUUUUAACAACAUUUGUCAUGAUUCUGAAAUACAACAAGAGCUUGCUACACUAAUGACACUGACCAAACAAGGGCAGAUUUCUGAACAGGAAGUCAGUUUAGACACCAUAACCUAUAAGUACAAAGACCAAAAUGAGCCUUCACAAGCAAGCACCACCAUUUAUCACUGUGACCUAAAACCUACUGCUCGUCAAACACCAACAAACUCGGAGGAGAUGAUGCACAUGAUGGACAAGCAACAGAUCUUGAGUUUUACCACGCAAAGCUGGAACGGUGAAGGCCAAGAAAGCGAACCCAAGGAAAACACAGAGAAAAGCAAACUGAGUAAACAAGCACCAGCCAGGCAGGAUGUAUUAGGAAAACAGAGUGAAGGAAGCGACAGCGACAUCUCAGAGUACGACUCUGAUUGUGAUAAGGCUAUAAAACAGUUGCAUUCUGUCGUAGUGGUGCCAAAUAACUCUUCUCUGACAAAAGAUGCAAAGCAUAGGGAGGUGUCUCCACGUCAUGCUGAAAAUCUUUCAGCUCUGUCCACUGCAUGCCUACCAGCUUGGGGGAAUACCAACGAAGUCCCAAAUCAAAUUCACUCCAAACAAACAGGACAGAGCGGUUUGAGUGAUUCUCUCAUCAGCAGUGUGUUGUGUCAGUCUCAGAGCAAUAUGAUCGAUAGCACCAGUCACUCGGAAGGGGCCAGUUUCAUGAGCACCCAGCCUUUUUUUGCUGUUAAUGAUGGCACCCAUGGACAAGCCACAGCUUCUAUCCAAACUUCGGAUAUUUUCAAAAAGGUCGGGCUAGAGCUUAGACAACAUCCUAUACCUAGUCAAGAUCAGCAGGUGUUCUUGUAUUACCAGCGUGAAGAUCCUUCUACUGCUGACCGUAUUAAUGACAACAACAGAUUCCCUGUUGGUUGGGACUUUUCCCAGUCAGAACAGCCAACUAGUACGUACCAGCAGCCCGAUAGCAGCCAUGGGUCUUUGUUAACAAACACUAAGGUGACAGGAGCGGCAUCCAUUGGCCCAGAGCCCAGACAUGCUGUUGCUUCCUGCACGCAACAGCCCCCAAACAUGCAGACUAUCAAAAAACUCUACCUCCAGGAACAUUAUCAGGAAUCUUCCAGUGAAAUCCAUCCUGACUCUCUCACUAACGACCAUGAUGAUUACAGUGGGGAUAAACUGUCAUCCAGUCAAGUAGAUUCACUAAACACUCCAGGUUCAUCAAGCUUUGUGCAAGCCCAUGAAAUAAGCAGCAACAGCAGAGGCUCUGCGGUACCCGACCCCUCCAGAGAUGACACUUUCAGGCCUCACAGGGGUAGAGGCCCUCCAAAGAAGAGGCGUCCUGAAGUGGAGUCAGACUCGGACAACGAGGCUGAAGUGGGACCCUCAAGCAAAAGGGAGCGUCAGAGGGAAACGGAGGUCUCCAAGGAAACACUCGUAAAAGCUGAGGCGCAGCGACCACCGCUCAGUUUGCAUGACUUUCAAGAUGCCCAAAAAUGGAAAGAAUUUGCCAGGUCUAAAAAGAUGCCCCCCUACUUUGACUUGAUUGAAGAGAACCUGUACCUGACUGAGAGAAAGAAGAGCAAAUCUCAUAGAGACAUCAAGAGGAUGCAGUGCGAGUGUCCAGUUCUGUCCAGAGAGGAGCGCGGGAAAGGAGUCAUGGCAUGUGGGGAGGACUGUUUGAACAGGCUGCUGAUGAUUGAAUGCUCAUCACGGUGCUUGAAUGGAGCGUACUGCUCUAACCGCCGGUUUCAAAUGAAGCAACACGCAGACUUUGAGGUCAUUCUUACCGACGACAAAGGCUGGGGGCUGCGCGCAGCUAAAGAGAUGGCUCCGAACACGUUUGUCCUUGAAUAUUGUGGCGAGGUGCUGGACCACAAAGAGUUCAAAACGAGGGUGAAAGAAUACGCUCGCAACAAAAACAUCCACUACUACUUUAUGUCUCUUAAAAAUAAUGAAAUCAUUGAUGCAACAUUGAAGGGGAACUGCUCUCGGUUUAUGAACCACAGCUGUGAGCCUAAUUGUGAAACCCAAAAGUGGACUGUUAAUGGCCAGCUUCGGGUUGGGUUCUUCACCACCAAAGCAGUCGCUGCAGGGACUGAGCUGACGUUUGACUACCAGUUUCAGAGAUACGGGAAAGAAGCACAGAAAUGCUUCUGUGGAGCUCCCAGCUGCAGAGGCUUCCUCGGCGGGGAGAACAGAGUUAGUGUUCGUGCAGCUGGAGGGAAGAUGAAGAAAGACCGGAACCGAAAGAGCGCUCUUACCACGGUGGAUGAGGAGCUGGAGGCCUUACUGGAGAAUGGAGAAGGCCUGUGUGAUGAGAAACAGGUGGUUUCUCUCUGCAGACUGAUGGUUCGAGUGGAAACAAUGGAGCAGAAACUCAUUUGUCUCAAGCUCAUACAGAAUACCCAAAAUCCAUCAUGCCUCAAACAGUUCCUGGACCAUCACGGCUUGUCUCUACUGUGGAUUUUUAUGGUGGAGCUCUCCGAGGCGAAGGGCAACAGUGCCACAGGCAUCAAAAUGCAGAUAGAGAUUAUGAAAACCUUGGCUGUGCUUCCCAUCUCAACCAAGAACAUGCUGGAGGAGAGCAAAGUUCUAACCCUCAUUCAGCGCUGGGCUCAAACCAAAACUCUCCCGCAGCAGACGGAGAUGGAUGGUUACUCCAGCGAGAACACGUCCCGCGCCCAAACCCCACUCAACACUCCUGAUGGUUCCUCCAGCAAACUGGGGCCAGAGUUGGACAGCGAAGCCUCCAAGCCUGCUGUGUACCGCCGUCUGAAAAUCAUCAGCGAGAACAGCCUCGACAGCGCGCUUUCCGACGCCAGUAAAGCAUCUGACGGGAAAGAGGAGGAGGAGGAUGAAGAAGACGAGGAAGAAGAUGAACCAAUGCAAGGAGAUCCAACUGAAGGAAAGGAAUUGAAGGUUGAAGCUGCGGACGCGACAAAAGAAUCAACACUCGAGUCUGUGGCGGAUAAUGAUAGCGGGAAGCAGGAAGAGCUGGAGAUGAGUGGAACAAGCGAGCAGCAGCCUCAAAGUCUGACUGUAGAAACAAAAUCUGAUUCUGAUGUGAAAAUGGAAGACUUUGAGAUGAAGGAGGACACUGCUGAGGAUCAGAGAGACCCUCAGCAGGAAGUUCCUAGUGAUGAACAGGAUGGUUCAGAGAAGCAGAUAAAUCUGACUUUGGCAGAAAAGCCUGAUUUGGAAGUAGACCAGCCAAAUGUGUCAGAAAGCCAGUCCAGCCAAGAAGGUGCUGAUGAUCUCCCAGCUGAGCAGCCCUCAGAGACUUUGGAGGUGUGUGAAGAAUUACAAGAGGCAGAUAAACCUCCUCCCCCUCCUCCUCCACCCCCACCGCCUCCUCCUUCACAGACUGAUCCCCACCCUGGUGAAUCUACUACUGAUGUGUCUCCAAGCUCAGAGACCACAGAGGCAACCGUGCCCCCUGAAGUCACUGCAACAGCUGUGGAAGCCUCAGCUGUAGGAACUCCUUCUCAGGAUGAAGAGGAAGGCCUUUCCGAUGUGGAGAGUGAAAGGAGUCAAGAGCCCCAACAUAAUGUUUUGGACAUAAGCAGCAUGGCUGCCAGGCUGCUGGAAACGUGGAAAGACCUGAAGGAGGUCUACAGGAUACCAAAGAAGAGUCAGGUGGAAAAAGAAGCAAGAAAUCGCAGUCGGGAUCGAGACACGGGUUUAAAGCCACGCACCACAUCAGGCAGCCGAGAGCGUGAGAGGGAGCGUGAGAGGGAGCGGGAAAGGGAGCGGGAACGAGACAGAGACCGGGAUAGAGACUAUGAAAAAGACAGGGAUCGAGACUGGGACAGGGACAGAGAACGGGACCGUGACAGAAUCUCAGACAAAACUCCACGCAGCUCUGAGCGACGGAGGAGGCGCUCCUUGUCUCCACCACCUUCUUCUUAUGAGAGGAGCAGCCGGCGCACAGAGGAGCGGUUUGAUUUAUCAAACAGCAAGACACCAAGAGUAGUUAGCAGUAAGGAGCGCAACAAGCUGUCCACGGAGGAGCGCAGGAAGUUAUUUGAACAGGAAGUUGCUCAGCGGGAAGCCCAGAAACAGCAACAACAACAACAGCAGCAGCUUCAGCAGCAGCAGCAGCAGCUCCAAACCAUGGUUUACGAUCCCGCUCUGGCUUACGUGUCAAGCCCCAGCUUCAUCACCUACCCUCCUGGAUACCCAAUCCAGACCUUUGUGGACCCCUCCAACCCCAACGCCGGCAAAGUCCUUCUUCCCACUCCUCCAGUUGACUAUGAACAGACCCCGCCUCUGGCCUCUGCUGGCCUUGUCUCUGAAAUAGGCAUACCUUCACCCUCCUCCUCUUCCCAAACCACUCCAGUCUCAAAUCUUACCCAGCACAUCACCACCACCAACAUCGCCACCGGUACCCCCCAGCAGUACGCCCAGCCAAAUGUAGCCACCCAGGACACUGGGGUAGCUGUACUCUCUGUGCCACCCCAGCCAGCCACUCAGGUACAGAGCCAGCAGAGCUACACCACCCUCUGGGAUCCCACCACCCAACAGGCAGUGACUGUACAAACACAGCCGGCACAGCAGUAUGCUGCAGCUGCAGGACAGGCUCAGCCACAGGCAGCCAUCUAUUACCAGGGCCAGCCAUGCCAGGCUAUCUACAGCAUCCCUGCUGCCUACCCCCAGGCCAAUCCUCCAGUCAUUCAGGCUUAUACUGAACCCACAGCCAGCUACCUGCAUGGUCAGGCGGUGUAUCCUAGUCACCAGCAGGGGGUGGUGGUGCAGCAGGGUGGAACAGUAACCACCAUUGUGACGUCCCAAACUGUACAACCGGAAAUGAUUGUGCCCAGCAAUGUGAUAGACCUUCCUCCUCCCUCUCCCCCCAAGCCCAAAACUAUCGUCCUACCUCCCAACUGGAAAGUGGCUCGGGACCCUGAAGGAAAGAUCUACUACUACCAUAUUGUCACUAGGCAAACGCAGUGGGAUCCACCCACUUGGGAAGGAAGCAGUGACAGCACGAGUGUGGACCAUGAAUCUGAGAUGGACCUGGGAACACCCACCUAUGAUGAGAAUCCUUCUAAGUUUUCCACCAAAACGGCAGAAGCUGACACUUCCAGUGAACUGGCUAAGAAAAGCAAAGAGACAUUUCGAAAGGAGAUGUCCCAGUUCAUAGUGCAAUGUCUGAAUCCGUAUCGUAAACCAGACUGCAAAUCUGGACGCAUCAGCAACACUGAAGAUUUUAAACACCUGGCCAGGAAGCUCACUCAUGGAGUUAUGAAUAAGGAACUGAAAGCCUGCAAGAACCCAGAAGAUCUUGAAUGCAACGAGAAUGUGAAGCACAAGACCAAGGAGUACAUCAAGAAGUAUAUGCAGAGAUUUGGCACCGUGUACAGGCCCAAGGAGGACACAGACGUGUACUGACCUGUGAGUCACAGAUGUCCCGGCUGCCUCUGCACUGGAGAAGCACACAUCUGCCUUUCCACCCACUCCCUCAUGUAUGAUCUGGGCAGCUUGAACAGUGAAGUCAUUUCUUAUUUAUGUCUACAAGUUGCACUGCUGCCGAAGAUGCUGUCUGGGCCUUGUGGGUUGCACAGGAGUGUUGCUAAACCACCUAAGACUCUUAAGGUGCAGUGUUGGCGAUGGAUGACACUGAGGGGUGCUACAGAGACUAAUGUUUUCCCUGACUGUUUCAUUUUAAGAUUAUUUUUUUUGUCUAUUUGAGAUUCUUAAUGUUCCUGAGAUGAUCACCUUUAUUCCACUUUUUUAACACCUGAAUCAAAGUAAUUUAAACAAAUUGGUUUUCAUAUCAAAUACCUGUAUUUUUUUGCCACUGGUUAAAUGUGAUAGAAACCCCCCUCCCUUCCCAGUCUUUCCCAGUAUUUCUUGUGUGCUUCAGCCCCCCCACCCCCACUGCUUUUAACCGUCAACCUUUAACCACAACACUUAGGAAAACGCUGUUUGUGUUAUGAAUGCAUGUCAGCGACGCUCAGAGGGAAAACGCCAACAUCUCGUCUUCUGGUCAGGUGAUGUUCCCGUCACUGGAAUGGGCUGCUGCUCGGCCAAUGAGAUUCGGGUUUGGAAAAGUGCUGUUUUUAGCAGAUUAUUAACAGGGAUAUCAACCGAAUUGUUUAGUAUCUGUUUAGGACCCUUCAGGUUCCCCCAAUCCCCCCCAUACAAGAAUGAAAUAAGAAAGGUUGUAGCAUUGCAGUUUUAAUAGUUACUAAAAAUCUCCCCUAUUAUGUCUGGUCUUUUUUUUUUUUUUUUUUUUACCUCAGUUUGUAGUCUGAUGUUUAAGACGUUUGGUCUGGUUCAACCUCUGUCUCAAGCUGUCCCUUUGUUAAAUUUAAAAUCAUUUUUACUGUUGACAGUAAAAUAAUGGUCCGUCAUGAAGCAUUAGGUCAUCAGUUUUGUCAGAGCCCAUUAAAUCGCAUUAAACAAACAUAUGUAUAUUGCUUUAUCUGUGAAUAUAUUGAAUGAUAGUUUUGGGAAUGUUAAAAUGACUAAAACACUUUGUAAAAGGACUAUCGUUUCAGUGUACAUAUUAUUGUGUGAGCUUACCAGGCUGUUUGCAGGAGCGGCGAGCAGCAGUGGGGGGGACUCGAAGGAAAGUGGUUCAACCCACCAGCUCAGUCCUGAUCCAGUUUCACAUCAGCCUGUCAAGCUCACACCCCCUCUUGUAUUUUAUUUCAUUGGGCCAGGGAGAUACUCAUCUUUUUUUGUUGUUGUUGUUAUUGUAUUUUUUUGUUGUUUUUUAAGUUUCUAUGUACAAAAUUUCCACCCCCACCCCCACUUAAAUGUAAGUAUCGUGUAAGCACAUUGUCAUACUGAGUAUACAAACAUUUUAAAAUAAUAAAAAAUCUUUUGUAAAAGGAUCA